UUGUUAGAUGCACUUACUGAAGAAAAAACUGUGGAAACCUAUAAAAUAAUAGAUAAAACUAUAAGAAACCUUAGUAUUAAUAACCUACAAAGUCUAAAACAUUUUUUAGAAAUGUUAAUAAAUGUUAGCUUAGAUCAUAACCUUGAUAAUAAUAAAAAAGAAGAAAAGGUUAUUAAUCCCAAAUCUGAAAGUUCUCUUAACACUAUUCAGUUACAAAAAAGACCUGAUCUUUGA